AUGCGAUGGAGGAUCCUCGACCUCGAGAAGAUACGGGCAGCGAAUUGCUUCAUUCUUUGCGGGCGCUCUUGGAUGUCUCGUCCGAACCUUAAUGGCAUACGCAUCGUCAAAUUUGUCGACUCUUCCCGCGUGUCGUUCUCCAAUCCCAAUACCCAAUGGUUGCAUACAGACCUCGGGGCUGCCGAGGGGAAGUCUUGUACUCCGCACUUGGUUUUGAUGCUAUGA